GAUGCUUUCGUGAACCAGAAAGGCUUCUUCUCUUUACAAAUGUCAUUUCCCUGCAGUUGCCAUUGGAAUGGCUCCACAAGGAAAUGAGGACAAGAAGCAGAGACCAAGAGUUGGAGCAGGACUCGAGAAUAUGGGCAAUACCUGCUUCCUCAAUGCUGUCCUCCAGUGCCUCACCUACACCCCAUCUCUGGCAGACUACCUGCUCUCUCGGGAGCACAGCCAGUCCUGUGUUCGACCAGGCAACUGUGUGAUGUGCAGAGUGCAGGAGCACGUGUGCAAGGUCCUGCAUGCCACAGGAUCUGCCAUCGUGCCUGUGGACGGUGCUUUGCCAGGUUUUCUUCCCUCCUUGGAUUGGAGGAGAGAACUCCCAACUUCUUCUUUCUUAGAAAUCGGAGAACAUUUCAAGCUCGGCGUGCAGGAGGACGCCCACGAGUUCUUGCGCUGUACUCUGGACGCCAUGCAGAGAGCUUGUCUGUGUGACGGCAGCUUGGACACGUCUUGUCAGCACACCGUCAUCCAUCAGAUAUUUGGGAGCUUUCUGAGAUCCAGAGGUACUUUUCCACAACUCUGGCUCUCCCUGGGACUGGCUGUGCCCUUCCCGCUGCCUGUGGGAAGCAGCUGUGUGUGUGACUGGCGCAGGAGGGAUGAGCAGCGUAAGCGGCACAUUCGGUCGCCUUCCCCUCUCGCUGAGCUUUCCAACUUCCCUUCCAGUCUGCUGCUCAAGCUGCCAGUUGUUUCUGAUGCCUACGAUCCCUUCCUGGAUGUCCUUCUGGAUAUAAAAGCAGCGGCAUCUCUUUCUGAAGCUCUUGAUACAUUCGUGAAACCCGAGCUGCUGGAUGCCAGAAGCGGCUUUAGAUGUCGCCACUGUGGCCAGGUGACUGCUGCCUCCAAGAGGCUGACGAUUCACUGGGCGCCCAAGGUUCUCACAGUGGGACUCAAGAGGUUUGAGGAUGUCUCCGGUGGGAAGAUCACCAAGGUUGUGAGGUAUCCCAAGGUCUUGGAUCUUGGGCCAUACACAACAGCAGGAGAAGCGCAGCACUACUCCUUGUACGCUGUGCUGGUGCACAAAGGAGAGAGCUGUUACGUGGGACACUAUUUCUGCUACAUCAAGGCCAGUAAUGGGCUGUGGUACAAGAUGGAUGACUCCUCUGUGACUCCUUGUGAUGUUAACACAGCUCUGCAGCAGGAAGCCUAUUUACUGUUUUAUGACAGGAUUGAGCAGAGUUCCGGGAGCCGGCUACCACUGGCCUGGAUGAAGGAUGAGGAGAAAGAGAUCAGUCUCCCCAUCCCGAACAAGGUGGCCCAGCUGCAGGAGACAGAUUCCUGGUAUUCAUCUGGGAAGAAGGAAGAGGGCCAGGAGACGGUUGAGGAUGCUCCAAAAGACUUAGGAGAGGACCAGGAUCUGAAGUGGUUGAGAGAUGUGAUAGUCAACCUGUCACCCUCCGUCCUCAGGAGCCUGCAGGAUGUCUCGCAGGCCAAACAAAUCUUGAAGUGCGUCCACAGAAACGCGGAGCACGUGCGCACGGAACCAGGGCAGUUCCUCCUGAGAUCCGUGCUUGGGCUGCUGAGCGAGUGCUGCCCUGAGGAAACAGUUCAGAUCCUGCUGAUGAUCAGUCCCUCCUGUGACAAUGCUGCGCUGGCCGUGUGGGAGAUGCUGCUGUCCCUGCCCAGCACUUCUGGGACAGUUCUUGACCGGCUGCUCAGCGUGAUCCAGGGCUGGAAAGCAAAGUGUGCUGUCCCACCUGCAAAGCAGGUCCUGUCCAGACUCAGUCAGCAGCCCCGCUGUCAGGAGAUCCUUCAACUGCUCUUCCCCAGGCUCCUCAUGAGUGUGAUCUACAAGGUUUCCCUGGCUACAGUGAUCCUGGGACGGGAGCCGCCUCAGGCUGAUCAAGCCAGCGCUUUGGGGGUGGCAGUGGAGGGAAUUAAAGCUCUGCUGGAGGCCGCUGGCUAUCAAGGCCACGUCGAGAACAUCCAGAAAGAGGGUGGCUGGGACAUGAUGCUGGACAUGGACACCCUCGAGAGUGGAGUCACCUUGCUGGCCAGAGAGAUGAGGAAGAGCCCUGCUAAGCAGCAACGCCUCCUGUUCCAGCAUGUCAAGGAGAUUCUUAACCAGAGGAGGGAAUGGCAGUUCAACUUUGCCAUGACUUUCUAUACUGAGGUAAGCCUGGUGGGAAGCAGUGCCUCUGCCAGAUGCUCCUGA